UUACACGGUAUCAAAGAUUGCACCUGUCUUGACCUGCCUGCCGAUUUUGGUGCAUUUUGAAGCAUUCUAAGGUGGUCAAAUUGAGCUCAAAGGGGCUGCAGAACAAAGAAUAACUAUAAUAAUAAUAAUAAUAAUUUUUUCAAAAAAAAACCCGAGGAACCACAAUAGGUUACCCAAAGAAACAUUGUCACCUUCAUGUCCAUACUCUUCAGUUAUGGUUGUGUUCCAAGUCAAAUAAAAUCAAAUACUUUUAUUUGUUUAGACCAAAUUACAACAACGGUUAUCUCAAGGAGACAACAAAACACAUUUUAAGGUGCAGUAGCCCUGUGUUGGAUUUCGACCUAUUUGAGCAUUUGAGCUUUUUUUUUUUUUAUUUGCCCCCCACCCAGGUAAGACUAAUGCCCACCCACACCUGGCAUCCUGGUAACACCACUGUGUUGCAUUAUUUUGGACUUUUUAUUUGAGCUGUAUAUGUGCAUUGGAACAAAAAGUUAUGCACAUAUAAAAGUUGAACUAACACGACUUAACUAUCAUUUUCCCCAGAACAAAAGCAGAUCUCAUCUAAUUCUGAUGAAAUACCCAAUUAAUCAUUCUGCUUUAAUUGAAGAUAACAGAAAUCAGCGAAUGUUACUAUUUUCCUCAUUUUAUAAAUGUAAAAAACGUUUUUUAUUUUUAUUUUUUUAAUAUAAAAUAAAUAAGGGAAUAUUUAGUCUUUUCUUUUUUAUAUAUAUAUAGUUAGGAUAGAAAAGACUAAUGUGUUGUUUUUUUAGGCGAAGGGCGUCCUCUAGCGGCGAUUUAUGGUCACGCAGGUAUGUUUUUGUGCGCUCCAUCGAAACUGUUGGUGUAAAUUUGCCAAACGUGACGAGUAAAAAUCGUGCACCGACGUGUCUCACCGACGUGUAUCUGGAUGACGGGAUGACAUCAGAAAUAGUGGACACAGAACGAAGUUCCCAAAGGGCUCUGUUACACAGCGAUAUCCUAAAAACCGAAGAGGUCGUUAGAGAGUCACUAAAAAUGAGAGGAAUUCUAAUUUGCUUGUUUUUUCCAACCCUUAUCUACAUGGUCGUGUUUGCCGCCUUCAUGAAUCAAUCAGUCGUUAUGUCUUCCUCCACAUUAGAGCAAAUAAUGUGCAGGUCAGAGAAUUGAAUAUGUUUUUGCGAUAUAAGGACACACACGAUGGAAUAAUAUAGAAUGCUAUACACAUAUUUUAGUUAUUUGAUCACAUUCUCCUCGGGUUUCUUGUAUCCAAGCGACCCGUAAACAAACUCGCCAUAUUCUGUCACAAACUUUUGCUCACGUCUCUGUGCUCACUUCUGCUCUUACUUGUAUUUGAAUUGUUUUAGUCGUUGUAAGAAAAUGAGCGCGGAGGUGUUACUGUCUCAGCCGCAUUAUGAUAGCGGAGCGAUGGCUCAAGGGGCCCUGCAGGAGCAAGGGGCCCCUUUCGAGACGUCCUCGGGCUUAGCCUCCGCAGGCUUCCGCUCCGCUAAGUACACUCCAGCCGAGUGGUUCAGCGGCUACCGCAGCCUCCUCCAGCAGGCGGGCGCCGACCAUCAGGCGGCCCAGAACAUCCAGGAGGAGUCCAGGCAGAUGCGGAAUGACACGGAGGCCACCACCAUGCAGACCCAGACCGAUGGGACGCGCCUGCUGGGAGAGAGGCUGCAGGACAUCCAUCGCUGGAAGUCGGAGCUGCAGGAGCACAUUAAUCGGCUGCUGUCCGACACGACGGCCCUGCUGGCGCUCAAGUUGAGGCUGGAGAAGGCGCUGGACGCCACCGAGACUCCCUACGCGAUCGCCGUCGAUAACCUGACCUGCCGGAGCCGACGACUGGGCCCGGACCUUGUCCGGGACUGUGUGGAGGAGGAGCUGUACAAGGAAGUGGACUUGAUCAAGAAUGUCCAGGCCCUUCUGCAGAGAACCAUUGCCCAGGUGACAACUCAGAUUAAGUUAAAUCGAGAUGCUAAGCAGGCGUUAGAGUUUGACUGGUCAGAUAAGUAUGAGGCCUACGCCUUGGACCUCAAAUGCGGAAGAUUCACAAACAAGAGUACAGAUACGCAGCACCAUGGCAUUUCAGCUGCCAUGAUGGAGCAGAUGUCUAAUGUCCCUUCAUGGAUAAAGUUCACACAGGACAACCUUUACAGGGCCUUCCGGGAGGAAAAGGCCUCUAAAGAUCUCAGUGAGUUGGGGCAGCAGGUGCUACUCGAUACCACUAAGGACCUGAGAGUCCAGUGCUCCAAUGUGGACCAAGCUUUCCUCCAGCGUUGUGGUGAACAGAUGGAUGCCAAGAUCCAGCUAGAGAUGCAGUUCAAGCAGACCUUGGAGCAGAUUGGAGCUCAGGAGAGGAACAUAGUGGCUCUGCAGAAGGCCAUUGACGAUAAAGAUGCCCCACAGAGAGUGGUUGAGUCCAGGCUGUUCCAACGCUUUCGCAGACCCAACAUGGAGCUGUGCAGGGAUGAACCACAGAUUAGCUUGGAAGGGGAAGUGAGGGAGAUAGACGAGACCCUUGCGUCGCUGCACCAAGAGCUGAGGGACGCCCGCAACUCGCUAGCCAACCUGGAAAAUGAUCGCAUGGCACUCGAGAAGGACAUAAAGUGUAAAUCCUAUUCGCUGUUCAUCGAAAGGGAGAAAUGCAUGACUCAACGCAAAUUGUAUCCGACAAUAUCCAAACUUUCAGGGUACUGAACAGAGACUCUUUUGUACGUAGUGGGUUUAGUUUCCAUUUUGUUUGCAGUGCUAGGGAGGUUUGGACUCUAAAAUGCUCACUCACGACGUCACUUUCCGUAAGUCUGAGUAAACCUCCGCACAUUGAUAUGCUUCACAUAGAACAACAUGAGAGAAAUGUCAAGUCUCCGAUUUGAAGUUUCUUAAUCAAACAACAAAAGUGACUAUUCACUUAUGUAGACUUAUUUUGAGGAGAAAGUACAUCACCACUGUUCAAAUCAAGCAGUCUAGUGAUUUCAUUGUAGCAAAAAGGUAAUUUCUUCAGUGUUGACCAAUGAAACUGGUUGUUUAAAAAAUGUGAAGUGUAUGUUUUUAUGAGAAGCUGUGACAAUAGAAAUCUGUUCAAUUGACGAUAGAUCGUGAAUUGGACACUUUGGUACCCUUUGAGAUGAAUAAUAAUAAUGAGCACAGUUGUCAUUACAUGUACUUAUAUUGGUUCUUAAUAAUGAUCAAAAACUUUUUACGCAAGUAGUGUCUUUUGGAUACUAUACAGCAGGGUGUAAUUAUGACAGAUGAGUAUGUAACGUCAAUUCAAAAUGAUUUACAGCAAGUAUCCAUCCAUUUUCUCCCGCUUAUUCGAGGUCGGGUCGCGGGGGCAGCAGCUUCAGUCGGGAAGCCCAGACUUCCUCCCUGAGCCACAUCAUCCAGCACCUCUUGGGGGAUCCCAAAGACGUUCCCAGGCCAGCUGGGAGACAUAGUCUCCCCAGCGUGUCCUGGGUCAGCCCCGCAGCCUCCUUUCAGUGGGACGUGCCCAGAACACCUCACCAGGGAGGCGCCCCGGAGGCAUCAUACUCAGAUGCCUGAACCACCCCAUCUGGCUCCUCUUGAUGCGUAGAAGCAGCGGCUCUACUCCGAGCCCCUACCAGAUGACAGAGCUACUCACCUUAUCUCUAAGGGAGAGCCUGGACACCCUACAGAAGACACUCAUUUCGGACGCUUGUAUCUGGGAUUUUGUUCUUUCGGUCACGACCCACAGCUCGUGACCAUAGGUGAGGGUAGGAACGUAGAUCAACCGGUAAAUAGAGAACUUCCCCUUUCGGUUCAGCUCCCUCUUUACCACGACGGACCGAUGCAGAGUCCGCAUCACUCCAGGCGCAGUACCGAUCCGCCUGUCGAUCUUCCGGUCCAUUUUUCCGUCACUCGUGAAGAGAGAAAGAUACUUAAAAUCCUCUACUUGGGGAAGGGUCUCAUCUCCUACCCAGAGAGGGCAUCCCACCCUUUCCCGACUAAGGACCAUGGUCUCAGAUUUGGAGGUGCUGAUUCUCAUCUCAACUACUUCAUACUCUGCUGCGAACCGUUCCAGUAAGAGUUGAAGGUCACGGCCUGAUGACAGAACUACAUCAUCUGCAAAAAGCAGAGAUGCAAUACUGAGGCCACCAAACCAUACUCCCUCAAUGCCUUGUCUGACACGUUAUAUAGGGACACGACCCCCGUAUCAGGGAUUCCAACACCCCACACUCCCAGAGCACUCCCUACAGGACUCCUUAGGGGACAUGGUCAAACGGCUUUUCCAAAACCACAAAACGCAUGUAAACUGGUUGGGAGAACUCCCAUGACCCCCCGUGAACCCUACUGUCCUGUUCAGCUACUAGACAAGGAGAAUGGGAAUCUGAGUGUCUGAUUGGUCUGAACAUUUUUAUUGUAUCAAACGGGAGUAUGAAUACUCCCAUUGUGAUCAUUCAACUGCCUCGUUUAUUAGGAGAAAGCAGCGAACGGGUUGGGGGGGACAGAAAAAAAAGAGAAUAGGAGAGAGACGGAAGAAGCAGGAACAACAACAAGAAAUACAAUGAACGCCUACACAAACUAUGAAUAUGUUGGUGCUAUUGUUAACUAAUUGUAUUUCCAGUUGACACCCUGGGGGGGUCAGAAAGAUAAGUGAUUGGGAGGGAUGAAGUGUACACAAAUCAGCUAUGUGAGGUGUAGAACCCAGUAUUUGUGUGAAUCCCUUGUGAGUGUGGAUAUGUUGGCAUCCUAUUCUAUGCUGCCUGAUCGCUAAUCCUGACAGUUUCUCUACUUGAGUGUGUCUAAUUGCACAUAGUCAUGCGUGAAUCCCAUCAGACAUGUGAGUCCUGGAGACGAGCGGAAAUGCUCGACAACCCUGCUGAGGGUAUAGAGCUUAUCCACGGUUCUGCGGCCAGGAUGAAAACCAUUCUGCUCCUCCUGGAUCUGAGAUUCGACUUCCCGACGGGCCCUCCUCUCCAAUGCCCCCAGUGAGGCUGAGGAGUGUGAUCCCCCUAUUGUGGAACACACCUUCCGGUCCCACUUUUUAAAAAGCGGGACCACCACCCCAGUCUGCCAAUCCAGAGGCACUGUCCCCGAUGACCACGCAAUGUUACAGAGGCGUGUCAAUCUAGACAACCCCACAACAUCCAGAACCUUUAGAAAGUCAGGGCGGCUCUCAUCCAUCCCUAGGGGCCCUGCCACUGAGGAGCUUUUUAACCACCUCAGUGACUUCAACCCCAGCGAUAGGAGGGCUCGCUUCAGAGUCCCUAGGCUAGGGGUAGCCAAUUCCGGUCCUCGAGGGCCCCUACCCAGCUUGUUUUCCAUGUCUACUUCCUUUAAAACACCUGAAUCAAAUGAUCAGCUCAUCAGUAAGCUCUGCAGGAGCCUGAUAACGAUCCUGAUUAUUUGGGUCAGGUUGCUACUCCUGCCCUAGGCUUUGCUUCCUCAUGGGAAGUCGUGUGGGUGGAGUUGAGGAGGUCUUCAAAGUAUUUGGCCUACCGGCUCAAAACAUCCCAGGUUAAGGUCAGCAGCGCCUGUUGGUGGUGCACCACUUUCAUAGCGUUUACAGCAAGCAUUAAGAUAUUUUUUCAUCGAUACAGUAUACCCUUUAAGACAUUUAUUUGAUUAAAGGCUAUGUAAAUAAAUAUCACUUGACGUGACUUGUGGCACUUUAUCAGCGCUAUUACGAGAAUCUAGGGGUUUUCACUUUUUUGUUUCAUUUUCAAUGGAUGCUAUUAUUUUCAGUAAUCAUGGUCAAACAGGGGUACACUGUAUAAUGGUUUUAAAUAGUCAUGUUAACAGAAUUAUGUGGGUAGGAGUCUGAGCUUUCCAUGAAAUGUGAAUGUUGUGAUAUUGGUAACAAUUGUUUUGUUGUUUUGGGGAAUAUUUAGUUGAUGGUUGAUGUUAUGUGAAUAUUGUCGUUUUAAAUGUUUUAAUAAUCACAACGUAUCCAUGUCUUGUCUUGUGGAUUUUAUUUG